CUCGCACACAGAAAGCACGUUUGUUUCCCUGUCGGAAGCUUAAUGACUGAGCAGUCAGUGCAGUUAAAGUUGCCGAAAGUAUACCGAGUCAUUCCAGACCGGGCUUAAACUGGGCACAAACGUGGAGAAUCAAAGGAUCACAGAAUGUCUACUCCUGAACCAAUCAUCAAAUCAAAACAAACAGAGAAAGAUGUCAAUGGAAUUUCAACGCAGGUUGUCUGCACAGAGUUUAGCAAUUACAUUUUCAUAGUUAUCACUCAGUUCGGCAAAAUCGGCACUUUAAUAUCUGUCUCGCCUGACUCCAGAGCCAAUGAUAUCACUACCCCAACAUUUGCCACCAAAGUCCUGCUUGGAAAAGAUGAGCCUCUGACACACGUCUGCGCAAAAAACCUGGCAUCGUUUGUGUCGCAAGAAGCUGGUAACAGGCCGGUUUUAUUGGGGCUGGCACUCAAGGAUUCCUCCAUAGACGCAAUAAAAAGCAUUAAAGAGAUCAUCAGAAGCUGUCAGGUCUGGUAAAAAGUCACUGAGGACUAAUAAAUAAACUAGAGUUGAUGGCUGACUGCAUGGUAAAACUGUCCUCCUUGAAGCCAUGACAUCACUGUUUUCUACUGCGUUGCUGUAUGAUAAAGGAACUUUUCUAAAUGCUAAUCUGUACUCAAGAUGUGUUUGCAGGAAAAGUUUUGCUGUAAGCCUAAUUUCAUGUACAACAAUGCUUUUGUUUUGUAAAAAAAAAAAAAAAAAAAAAGAUAAAAUCCAAAAAAACAAGCUCAUAGGUUUUUUUUUUUAUUUUACUUGUAAUAUUCCUCAAAAAACUGAAAAAUUUUGCUAUUUUUUGUGUGAACAUGAUAUGUAAUACUUGCAAAAAAACAUUUAAAAAUUAGUCUGAGCCCCACUGACACUUGAACUAUUUACAAAUUUUAAUCAUUUUUUGUCCUUACAAUGCCCUAAAUUGUGUUUGACCAGAUUCACUUUCCUUUAAAUAGGUCAGCAUGAAACUUUCUUGUUUUCUGAGACAAAUUUAACUCAUCUUACUCCCAGUGAAGGAUAGAUGGGGCUUAGCACUGGAUAAACAUUUAAGCACCAUCAGUAUUCCCAUCAAACUGGAAAAAUGGGCCAGACUGUCUUAUUUGUCCUUUUCCUAGCAUUUACAGUGCCUUGUAGAAGCAAUGUAUUCUGUACAUGUACUGCAGGUUUUGUAGCUGCUCAGAGGAAAAAAAAAAGCUGCAUUUUUGGUCAAUAUCAGUGUCAGGGUCAGUAUAUAUUUGAGUACUUUUAAUUUUUUCCAUUUUUAUCUUCUUACACAUGUACUUCAGUUAAAUAAUGUUCCGAGGCCAUCAUAACUGACGUCUGUCAAAUAUACUGUACAUUAUUAUUUCAGAUCCAUCUGUAAUCCAUGUGACCCUUUUGAUGUACGUUUAGAACUUUAUUGUUUUGUAACGCAAUAAAUCAGUGCAUCUAUCCUA